AUGGAGGACUGCCAUAGUGGACAGCAUGGGUACCCGGUACCAAAAACAACGGAAGAAAUUGAGAUAGUGGUUCCGGAUAUAACAAACAAAGAUUCUAGCAGUAAAAAGAAGUUUUAUAAAUAUGUGGUUUAUAAUCACACAUCUUGUACAUGUGGGACCUUAAAAUACAGGGAGAGUACACUGUAUAAAACCAUAACUAAUAACGAAGGUUAGUCCCGCUUAUACAGUGAAUAAAUACCAUGCAAUUACCUAAAAUGAACAUGUUCUGUAAUUAACUUUCUUUUGUUGUUUAGAAAAUUUCUUUUUUAGUUUUAUUGUUGUAGUCCUGCAACCUUAUCAUAAAACAUGUUCAUAAAUAGGUUAGCAAUUUAACCAGGGGAACAUGGGAGCUCUCCCUUCAUGUAUCGUAUGUAUGUAUAUAUGUAUGUAAUUCAGGUCUCACUCGCAUGGAAAGGUGAUUAGGGACCGGUCAUUAUUUAAGGCGGGGGGUGGCACCGAAGAGAAAUGUUUUUCGAGGCAAAAAUUUUGCCGACCCAACCAUUAAAAAGUAAAAAAAAUUAAUUACCCAACCUCAAAUAUCAAUUAAAAAAUAAAUACCCACCCCUGGCCAAAACAUUUACGAAAGGUAUCAUUCAGUUGUCACAUAUGUCCUUUACCACUUCUGUGACAUAAGUUUGAUAACAGAUUUUAUAAUAUAGCAUUUGUAAAUUCUGAAUGCUGAUUGGCUAAGAGCCGUGUUGAUAUAACUCAAUGUCAACACAGAAAUGUCGGAAAAUUUCUUUCUUUAUAUUUCUAUGUGCUAAAUUUUUUCGGGCGUCGUGUUUCCACACAAUUAAUUUCUCGUUUUCCCAAUUUCCACUCGUGUUGAUAUAAAAGACCCAUAGGUCCCAUACUCGACUAGCAACAUAAUCAAGUUAGUUAUAUUAAUUCAUUAGAUAGGAUCAAUGUUAAAGGCAAAGUGGGCUACAAGCAACAAUCAUUUGUAUGGUUUAUAGAAGGCUAAUUGCUGUGAAUAAAUUGAAUAAUGAAUGUAGCACAAUAUUAAAUAGUUGCAUGAUGACGUCAAAGAGACAAGUCAGACUACAUUUGCAAGUUUUGCAACUCUCAUCGCUUAAAUUCCCCAUACCUGAAUACAAAAUAAACAGUAAACAACAAUUACGUUUUACAUACCCUACAUAAAAUGGAGCUUUCAUCCUUUCUAGAAACUCACUUCCUGCACUUUUGAGUGCAAAUGUAAUGUACUAAUGUAUUAAAAAAUUUACAUUGUAUAUCAUAUUUACAGCGGUUAAUACCAUUAAUAUAUUGCGGGCACAAUACAAAACAUGAUAAUUUUAAAAUGUUAAGUUUUGAUUUGCAAAUAAAUAAAUAAUAUUUGAUGUCAUAAAAAAUUUUUAAUUUAAUUUAACUCAACACAAACUGGUAAGUUCAUGACAUUUAUAAUUUACUUAUAUGUUUUAUAUUGCAAUUAUGUACCCUAUUCCUUUGAAAAUUGUUUGCAAUUGCAUAUGAUGUUGUCAUGUAUUAUAGUUGUGUCAUGAAUUUAAUAAUACCUCAAUAGCAUCGAAUUAGACAAUGGAUGAAAAAAGUCAUGAAUAUUUAGCUUAUUUACCCUUUAAACACUUGAUCGUCAUGCGCAUACAGUGUAUUGUUUGUUACCAGAACCCCCUCAAGCAGACUUCAACUUUUCUUGUCAAAUUGUAUAUUUUGCUUCAUACACUGCACACAUGUGUAUUUGUGGGAACACUCAUGUUUGGAUGCUUGGGAUAAGUUAAUGGUAAUUCCACUGGAGUCAUCAGGGAUAUAGUUGUAUAUUCCUGAAAUUACCUCUAAACACCUAAAACAGCAUUCCCUAAAAUUUUAAUUGUUUUCUUUCAUAUCGCUCAAACACACAUUGCUUAAAAAUAGCAGAUUUUGCUUAAAUCACAUACCUAAAAUUGCUUAUCUCGUUAUCGCCCCAGAGUAGUAGGGCCUACUGUUGCCAUUGCUUUUUAGUCCCCAAUACUUCAGUGAGUCAUGCUUUGGAAAUGACAAUAAUUUUUUAUUACCCAACCCUUGAGUUGUUUUGUUUUUCAUUUACCCGACCUUUUACUUACUCAAAAUUUAGUUUACCCAACCCUUUUCUCUUCGGUGCCACCCCCCACCAUAAAUAAUGACCGGUCCCUUAUUACACCGUAUCCUUAAUGUGUAUGGAUUUUUCUUGCAGUGUCAGAAGCUGAUUACAAAGUGAAGUUUUCGAACAAUCCGGUGAAUCUAAUACGUGCGUGCAACGUUUGCAACAGUGCUCAACCAAGAUAUAAACUCCAUCCAAAACAUGCCACCGCUGUCUCACGAUUUAUAUAUAUGGAGUACCAACAGUGCUUGCCUGGCUGCGUGGUGGUAAGAAACAAAACGUCUAAUAAGCAAACAUUCAUGGUAUUUGGUAGUCCAUUCAGUGUCCCGCUAACAAGUGAUAUUUUAUGCAAGGCUUAUGAUGGAGCUGAAACAAAACAACAAGAUAAAAAUCAUCCUCAGAAGCUCAAAAGCUUAUCCUCAGAAGCUCCAGCUGGAAACUCGAGUGAUCAAG